AUGGAUUUCUUUGAGAAUCUGAGUGAUGAAAAAUCACAAAUAAGGGAGAGGAUAACCUGUUUAUUCAACAACGAUCUGCUAAGCGAUGUCAGUUUUGUUGUGAGAUCGUCAUGCGGCAAAAAGGAUGCUAAGAGAGCCAAGAUGGCGAUUCCAGCACACAAGUUUUUGUUGUCCAUCUACAGUCCUGUUUUUUACGCCAUGUUCUGUGGAGAAAUGGCUGAGAAAUCGAAUACUAUUGAUCUACCAGACUGUGAAUACGAGGGAAUCUUGGAAAUGUUGCGAUAUAUGUACAGCAAUACAGUGGAAUUGCACGGAGGCAAUGUUCUUCAAGUGUUGUAUGUGGCCAAGAAAUAUAUCCUGCCCUCUCUUGCCCAAAAAUGCGUCGUGUUUCUGACGAGGAAUUUAGAUCUUGCAAACGUACUCUGUGUUCUGUCUCACGCUCAAAAGUAUGACGAGAAGAAUCUUGUGGAUCGCUGCUGGGAAAUGAUCGAAAGCGAAACUGAAGAAGUCGUAAAGUCGGAGGACUUUGUGAAAAUUGACAAGUCCUUACUCGAAGCCAUGGUCAAGAGAGCCACAUUGACAAUUUCAGAGGUAGAGCUCUUCAGAGCUGUUGAUUUGUGGGCUACAGAAGAAUGUAAAAGGCAAGGAGUUCACGCAAGUGGCAAGGUUAAGCGAAGAAUUCUUGGAGAGCAAAUAGUGAAAAACAUACAAUUUCCAGUAAUGGAGGAGAAAGAUUUUACAAGUACCGUAAUUGACUCAAAUAUCCUUACCAGGACAGAAGUGAGAGAAUUGUUGAGGAAUUUUAAUGGCACGUUGUCUUCAUCCGCAGGUUUUCCUGACAAGGGGCGAGUAGGUUUCAGCUGGUCGAGUAGCAGAUUUACAAGCUUUUCGUCUUGCAGUUGUGAACCAGAAGACUGGUCCUAUGAGGGAUCUAGAGAUUAUGAUUCCCUCGUUCUUGAUGCCAUUGUUCUACAGGUAGACAAGGAUAUCAUGCUUCGUGGGAUUCGUUUUUUUGGUUGUUUAAAGAACACCAACUAUCUGGAUUCUUUGAAAAUAAUAGACAAGGAAAAUGGUACACAAAUGUUGUCUUUGGAAGAUAUGUCUUUUUCUCCUGUCUCGUUGCCCUACAGAGAAGAGGAAAUCCGUGGCUAUGAUGUUGUUUUUGAUCCAGUUAUUUUGAGGAAGAAUGCGGACUAUGUUGUUAAAAGUUUAACGGAUGGCCCAGAACCUUGCUUUGGGUGUGGUGGUGUCAACGUCAUUCAAAGCCAUGGUGUGACUUUCACUUUUAAAGCCUAUAAAUCAACGAACAGGGAGAAUGGGAAUGAAACAGAGGUUGAUUCUGGUCAAUUUUCUAGCUUCUUUUUUAAGCCUUUGUAA